AUGGCCGAGUUUGGCAAACACUCAGCGUUUGAUCCGGCCAGGGGUGCUAGAACAUUGAAUCAACAACACCAAGAAAUUGGUGUUGUCGAAACCGGGCUCUGGAUAUCAGCACGAACCUCUUUUCCGUACAAAACUACAGUAAGUUCAACUACUCCUGCAUUUCGAUGCUAGUGUGGAAAUAUACUAAUCACAGAUGUAUUGAUUUUAUGAUUAUACUAAGCAUUAUCGAGUCAGUUAUAUUUGCGUUCGGUUUGGAAGAAAACCGUAUAUGUAUUCUGAUCCAGUUGCUUACGUAGAUUCAGAAUCCGGCGUCUGUUUUCAGGUGCAAAGUGUAGUUCUCGAGAAAUAGAGGGGAAACUGGCUUUACACGGAAAUUAACGACUUUUAUUGCUUCCUCUCUUUUUUUUUCCGUUCGGAAUAUAUAUGUUUUUCUUUCCACUUUCUCGUAUUAGUCACAUCUUGGAGCCUAUCUAACUUAGAUAGACUCCAGGAUGUGACUAUCGAAGAAUUGUAAAAGAGAUGUGCCUAAAAAGACUUGUGACAUUUUUGUUUCUUUCUCAGCAUGGCUACACAUUUUUUUGGAUUAAAAGGUAAGGCGCCGCUAAUUCAAAAGAUUUGCAAGUUCUUAUUUUUCACUUAAAACUAUAUCAUUCGAUGCAAAAUUUCACGGUGAUUACGAAUAUCACCUUUUGAAUUGAUUUU